AUGCAUCACGUCACUAUGAGAACCUCCAAGGCAGCUGGUCCGAGCCUCCUUCCUGGAAAUGUUCUGCAAGGCUCGGAGAGCGUUCAGCAGGGAAAACUGCAUGUUGGUCCGGAGUGGAGCUUUGGGAUGGUAACCAUGGGAAUGGCGCUCAAUGUGGUGUGCGUGGUGGGAGUUGUUGCAGCGAACAAGCAUGUACAGAUGCAGCACAGAUUCGAGUACGCGAUCCUCCUCUCGGGGAUGCACUUCAUGUUCACAGCCGUAGUUCUCCGAAUGCUAUGCACCUUCAAUGUCUUCACAUACAAGCCAGCUGACAGGAUGAUGGUUCUCUUCAAGGCUCUGCUGGACUGUGCAUCAGUUGGGCUGAUGAACGUGAACUUGGCCAAGAACUCUGUGGGGAUCUACCAGCUGUCGAAGCUUUCUUGCAUCCCGACUACAGUGGCGAUACAAUACAUACUCUUUGGCACCAAGAUCUCUCUGGAGACAGCCCUGGCCCUCCUUCCUCUCUGCCUGGGGGUUGCGAUGGCGACAGUUUCCGACGUUCGAGUCACUGGCACACUUUAUGCAAUUGCGGCUAUCCUGGCCACUGUUGUAUCCCAGAUCUUGACCAAGUCAUUUGUACAAAAUACGGGCUGCACGGCUAUUCAGCUGCUCUACCACACCAGCCUGUGUGCAGCUGUUAUCAUGAUCUUACUUUCGAGGCUCUUCGACGAUUAUACUCAAGGUAGCUAUGCUAUGGCAUUGAUUCUGCAUCAACGUGUUGCCUUGACAGCCCAAGGAGUCAAGAUUGGCCACAUGCCUCUGGAGGUCUUGCUGACCAUUCUCAUUUCGUGCGUUUUUGCUGUGGGUGUAAAUAUUACAAAUUACCAAGUUCUCUCGAGGACUUCAGCUCUCACUUACCAGGUGCUAGGUCACUUGAAAACCGCCCUCACGUUAGCGAUGGGGAUUCUAUUCUUUGACAAAGCAUACGCACUCAAGCAUGUCUCCGGCCUCUUCCUGGCCUUCGGGGGCAUGCUGGCCUACGCGCAUGUCCGGCAGGUUGAAAGCUCUUCGAAGCAUCCGGGCGACAUCGUGUGGCUGAAGCUGCUCUACACAUUCACAGCCGUCAUCGUCCUCGCAUGGCCACACUUGUAG